UGUGUCACGUGACCCACGCUAACCGCCAUCUUUGCUUAUCGUAUAAACAGUGCGACCGGGCUCAGCACGAAUUCUUGUUGGGAAAUCGUGGUUUUUCCAGUGUUUUUGAGUGAUUCAGAGGCAAAGAAAUGUCCGAAAUUAAGGCGGAGAGCAAGAACGACAACAACAUCGAGGAUGUGUCAAAGGACAAUUCGGCAGAAGAAAAACCAAGUCCAACGAAAAAUAAACGAGGAGGUACGAAAAGAUUGUCCACACUCGAAAGGACGGCCCAAGAGGGGGAACGUCUUACAAAGGAUUUAAAUGCAGCUGUAGGAGAAGUGGAAGGAAGGAGGCGUACACGUAGUUCAGCACGUGGUUUAACCUCGUCGACAGCUGUGCCAUCUCCACCUAAAAGGGAAAAGAGGGACACAUCAACAAAAGGCACCGGUCGUGGACGCGGGCGUCCUAAACGGCAAGAGAAAAACAAUGAAAACAACACGGAUGAAGAAGCUAACAAUAAAAGUGAAAAGCAUUCUGAGGAGGAAUGUAUAAAAAUGGAUGUAGAUGAGCAAAAAGAUGAAACGGAAAAGUUGACAGACAGCGAGGACAAAAGUACCGCAAAAGCAGAAAAUAAAGAAACCGUUGAAAAGACACUUGAUUCGAAUUUUAAAGAGGAAAAGGUAGUAGAAGAGUCAGAAAACUUUACAGAAGAUACCAAGAGUUCUACCGUCAGUGAAGAAAAAAAGCAGGAAGACAUAAAGGAUAGCUCGGAUUCGAGUCAAGAUGCAACAGACACCACAAUAGAAGCACCUCCUUCAUCUUCCUCAGAGUCUCAAAAUCCUUCUAAUGCUACUACUACUACUACUAUUGCUACUACUACUACCACCACUACCACCACCACCACUACUACUACUACUGAAGAAAAUAAGGAAUAACCUUCUUUCGCCUGUUUACCAAUUUCAUCAGGUACCAGGGCGGCGCACACAUUGGGGUUACAAAUCCAGUCCCCCUCGUCUAUUUUAACAAAUUGACACCUUACCGUCGAUCGUUAUUCUAAUCAGCGCACGCGGGUUUACGUUAUUAUUUUUCAUUUUAAUUCGACGAAAUAUUCUGAUGUGUGGUACAUUACACAUUUAUUACCAGAGUAAUUACUUGCUUGACGAUUAGUGUAUUUAAUGGUACUGAGUAUACCAUUGGAAUAGUUGUUUUAAUUUAACCUGUACUCUGGUGGAGUGGUACAACUCGUUGCACUGAUUAGUUGACGGUACAAAGCGAGGUGUAGAGCGUACGUUGUUCAUGUACAAUGAUAAUAUUAUUGUAAAAUAUAUUUAAUAUGGACUUAUAUAGACAAGUUGUUUUCAAAUCAGAGCUGAGGCCGGAGUCUAAAUACCAGUCUUCAAUUCAGAUCUGAUAUGGAAGUAGCUGAAAUUAAUUCGUACAUAGCAAAUUACUGUAAUACCUUAUCUUAUACAAAUAAUGACUGAAUGAAAUGGAAUAUAUGAGAAUUAUGAUGAAACGAUUUCUCUUUUUCAUGGAAUACAGAAAUAAAAUUUCUGA